AAGUGACGUUUUAAAUUAUUAUGGUUAAUGCAAUAAUAAAACUUAUACAGCUAAUUUUUUGACAGUAGUGUCAGUAGUGGACGAGAAAAUGUUAUUUGUUAAUAUUUUUUAUGUAAAUAUCUUGUAAAUGGGUGAAUAUAGAAUGUAAUCACGAUGGGUGGUUGUAUCGGAAUAACUAGAAGCAGAAGCGGUCCCAACGAGGAAUCUUCGGGGACGGUGUCGCGGCCUAAUUCGGGUGGCCUAAGGAAAAACCAGUCACUCUGCCACGAAACUAUUCGUUGGAAAUCUGAUGUGCCAUUGACGGAAGGUCAGCUGAGAAGUAAGCGCGAUGAGUUUUGGGAUACAGCUCCUGCGUUCGAAGGUCGGAAGGAGAUCUGGGAUGCACUACGCGCGGCGGCGGUGGCCGCCGAGGCCAUGGAUUUCCAGUUGGCUCAAGCCAUCCUGGAUGGGGCCAGUGUGUCCGUACCUAAUGGAUACCUGACAGAAUGCUAUGAUGAAUGGGGUACUAGAUAUCAGGUUCCUAUAUAUUGUCUGUCCUCACCAAUAAAUAUGGUGAAGGAGGCCAGCGGGCGGGACUCCCCCGCGGAGUGUUCCGAGCCCGUGGACGGCGGAGCAGCCAUGGCGCUCCGCCUUCGCCUGUCGACCGGAGCCCCCGACAUGGACCUACCCGUCUGCUCCAAACACACUAUCGCUCAUUGCAAGGCAAAGUUACAUUCGCUGGUGAACAUCUCUCCGUGUCGCCAGCGUUGGUUCUACGGCGGUCGUCUGCUGGGUGACCGGCUGGUGCUGGAGGACGCCAAGGUCACGCCGGGGUACGUGGUGCAGGUCAUCGUGGCGCCCGACGACAACCGACACAGCUAGUACGUACACCUAAGAUCGUUUCCUGUUCCGGUUCGGUGCCAGGUGGUCGCCAGUGUGUACCGCGCCUAGCGAUAUUGGAAUAUAAUCUAUAGCCGACUGAUGUACUGAAUAAUUUUAUCGCACGUUUACAUAUAGAUAUAUAUGGAUAUUUUUUUUAAUACAAAAUAUUGGUAAGAACGUUUUAUCGGUGUUGUAUGAAAUUAUUUAUGCUAACGGAACGUUCCGGCCGGCCUGCUACGGGCUGAGGAUUUAGUUUUUAACCGUAGCUUAUAUUAGUAACGAAGAAAAAAAUUAAGGUGUAUUAUGAAGAGAAGUGACAAGACGCUGCGUGUUGAUGGACUCGCUGGACAAAUAACGUGGGGUUGUUGUGAUGCAUUUAACGAUCACAUCGGCAUUAUAUACACAGUUAAUAUUCUUUCACAAUGAAACUGGAAAAAUUCAGGAAAUUUAUUGUCUUUGUUCUUUUAGGGAUAUGGAAAUUAUCUGUAAACACAUAUGACAGUUUUGACAUUGAUUACUCUAUCAAACACUGUAUUGUCUAUUCCUCAUAGUUUUGUAUCGGCUACAUCUUAUUGUCUAUGGUGUUGUCACAUCGUUUAUGAUAUGAAAUGUAUCGGUAUAACUUAUUUUGCACAAACUAUUCACUGCCGCCAUUUUUUUCUUAUUUAUCAAUGUAAUGCACAUUGUGUGAUAUUAAUCUGUGCGUUUGCCCGACUGUGUUUUAUAUAGAUGUGUGUGUUUUUUUUCUAAAUCUCGACUGCGCUCUUCAUGUGUGAAUGUGUCGGACUGUUUGUAUAUUGUAUACCGGAGACGUUUCAAGGCCUACAUAAAUAGUCUUUGAGAAUAUCGCUAUAUAUAUAAUAUAUAUCACAAUCACUUAUCAAAUGGCCAUUAUUUUUAUAGUUUAUUGUACAUUAUUGUAAGAUAUAUAUAUAUUAAAAAAAAAAUAUCUAGUGUUAACUGAA